GCAGCGCUCAGCUCUGGAUUUUACACCAGUCGCCAGUUCGGCUGUGUUUCUCUGUGGACGCUCCGCCGUCUCCCUCCCUCUCUCCGCGUGCCUGACCGCUCGAGACAGUUUAGAAAAAGCGCUCGCGCCGGAAUGACAGUGUCCUCGUGAAGCUCGUCGAUGAAGCUCCAAAACAAGCUCAACAAACCACUGAAGAGUCUUCGCUGCAGCGACUGCACUGCUCUGCUCUCCAUCCCGCCGAGCAGAAGCCAACUUUCCUCUCCGUCCUGCUCAGAGCGCUCCGAGCGCUGCGCUCCAGCACACAGUCCGCUCAGCUCAGGUGCUGGUCUAUGGCCAGCGAGGCGGAUCUCUGGUCAGUGCAGAGGUGCUUUUCCGCGGACGGUCAGUCGUCUUGUGUCAAGAUGUUGGACGGGAUCAAAAUCGAAGAGCAGUUGAGAACCGGACCCGCCGCCUUAGGAGUGAUGCUCGCAGGCGCUGAAUGCCAUCCUCAGAAUGUAUGUGCAGGAUGUCAGAGACCCAUCUCUGACCGCUUCCUCAUGCGCGUGAACGAGUCUUCCUGGCACGAGGAGUGUUUGCAGUGCGCCGUGUGUCAACAGCCGCUCACCAUGAGCUGCUACUGCAGAGACCGGAAAGUUUACUGCAAGCAGGACUACCAACAGUUGUUUGCCACUAAGUGCAGCGGCUGCCUGGAGAAAAUCGCUCCCACUGAGUUUGUGAUGCGUGCGCUGGAGAGUGUGUAUCACCUUGGCUGCUUCUGUUGCUGUGUGUGUGAGAGGCAGCUGUGUAAAGGGGAUGAGUUUGUGCUGAAGGACGGACAGCUGCUGUGUAAGAACGACUACGAGAGGGAGAAAGACCUGCUCAACUCCAUCAGUCCAGAGAUGUCAGACUCUGAUAAGAGCGAGGAUGAGGAUGUGGAUGCGAAGCCAGAGAAAGGUUCUGGAGGGCAGAACAAAGGCAGUGAUGAUAGCAAAGACUCUCGCAGGCCCAAACGACCCCGUACCAUCCUUACCACACAGCAGCGUCGUGCCUUCAAAGCCUCCUUUGAGGUUUCCUCCAAACCUUGUAGGAAGGUGAGGGAGACUCUGGCAGCAGAAACUGGACUGAGUGUGAGAGUGGUCCAGGUGUGGUUCCAGAACCAGAGAGCUAAGAUGAAGAAGUUGGCUCGUCGACAGCAGCAGCAACAGGAGCAGCAGAACUCGCAGAGACUUGGACAAGAGGUGAUAUCAAGCAGAAUGGAGAGUCUGAUGACCUCCUACACACCGCUCGCCCCGCCUCAACAACAGCAGCUUGUGACCAUGGACACAAAUGGCUACAGCACAGAUCCUUUCCAGCAAGGGCUCACUCCCCCACAAAUGCCUGGAGAUCACAUGAAUCCAUAUGGAAACGACUCAAUUUUCCAUGACAUCGACAGUGACACGUCUUUGACUAGCCUGAGUGACUGCUUCAUGGCUGCCUCAGAGACAGGAUCCCUGCAGGCCCGCAUGGGAAACCCCAUCGAUCGCCUCUACUCCAUGCAGAGCUCCUACUUCACCUCCUGAAAGCAAAUCCAGAAGCAGACUGAAAGGGGCACUCCACCCAAAAUGACAAAAACAGCCAGCCUCAUGAAAAAAAUAAUACAUAAAAACUAAAAAUUCUAUAAUAAAUAAUCAAAAAAGACUACUGUGUCACAGAGGUUCUCCUGGACUUCCACUAUGACCUAAACCAUCAUUUCCAGACAGUAAGGGAAGCAGAAGGAUGAUGGAAGAGGUUGGUGUCGUCAUGUUUAUGGAAUGAGAAGAAAGAAGGGCUCAACUAACCUGAUGAUCACUGGUGCAGAAAUGGAAAGACAAUGAUCUUUUACAUCAGUAAAAUAAUUCCACGCAGAAACUCUUUUACAGUUAUAGUAGUAUAUUGGACAUUUGAGUUUGGUUUAGAUGCUGAUGCCAGUUGCUAGAUGUGGACAUGCUUACUUCUGAGUAAGAAGAGGAGAAGGCUUCACAGAAAUGUAAUUCCAGAUUUCACUUGCAGUGAAUUUAAUGCUGUUUCACCACCAAUUUAGAGUUUUAUUUUCUUCUAAUAUCUCAGAAAACAGAAAACAAAACUGAAGAAAUGG